AUGCCAAUGCUCAAGGACCCCUCCACAAAAUAUAAGAAGUUCCCUCCAGUGAACCUCCCCGAUCGCCAAUGGCCCAGCAAGACCCUUGACAAGGCCCCCAGGUGGCUCUCGACCGAUCUCAGAGAUGGAAACCAGAGUUUGGUUGACCCGAUGAGCGGAGACGAGAAAUGGACAUACUUCAAGAUGCUGUGCGAAUUGGGCUACAAGGAGAUCGAGGUCGCUUUCCCAUCUGCCUCCCAGACCGACUUUGACUUCACCAGGCGCCUGAUCGAGACUCCAGGCGUUGUCCCAGACGAUGUGUUUCUGCAGGUUCUCUCACCAUGCCGCGAGGAUCUGAUCAGGAGGACUGUCGAGUCCGUCAGGGGCGCUAAGAAGGCCAUCAUACACAUCUACCUUGCCACCAGCGAAUGCUUCCGCCGCAUUGUGUUCGGCUUCACCGAGGAAGAGAGCGUGGAGCUGGCUAUACGCUGCACAAAGUUGGUUCGUUCUCUGACCAAGGACGACCCGACACAGGCCGGCACGGAGUGGGGAUUCGAGUUUAGCCCCGAGACCUUCUCCGACACUGGGUUGGAAUUUGCCGUGCGGAUCUGUGAGGCCGUCAAGGCGGCGUGGGAGCCGACGGCCGAGAGCCCCAUCAUCUUCAACCUGCCCGCCACAGUGGAGAUGUCAACGCCAAAUGUCUACGCGGAUCAAAUCGAGUACUUUUGCCGCAACAUCACGGAGCGUGAAAAGUGCUGCAUCUCGCUGCACCCACACAACGACAGGGGUUGCGCAGUCGCCGCAGCCGAGCUGGCCCAGAUGGCCGGCGCGGACCGCGUCGAGGGCUGUCUGUUUGGCAACGGCGAGCGAACCGGCAAUGUGGACCUGGUAACCCUGGCCCUCAAUCUGUACACCCAGGGCGUAAACCCCAAAGUCGACUUCUCAGACCUGAACCGCGUUAUCGGCGUCGUCGAAGUUUGUAACAAGAUCCCCGUCCACCCCCGUGCGCCCUACGGUGGAUCUCUGGUCGUAUGCGCCUUCAGCGGCUCGCACCAGGAUGCCAUCAAGAAGGGCUUCCAGCUGCGCGAGAAAAAAGGAGCUGGCUACGAGGACUAUUGGCAAGUACCAUACCUUCCGCUGGACCCCAAGGACAUCGGGCGCGACUACCAUGCCGUCAUCAGGGUCAACUCGCAGUCCGGCAAGGGCGGCGCGGCCUGGGUCAUCCAGCAGCACCUGCAUUUGGAUCUGCCGCGCGGUCUGCAGGUGCACUUCAGCAAGAUCCUGCAGAAGAUCGCGGACGAGCGAGGUCGGGAGCUGCUGCCGGUGGAGAUUACGGACCUGUUCCAGGAGACCUACUUCCUGAAGGGGAACCCCAGGUUCAGCAUUGUGGACUACUCUAUUACACCCGACAGGAGCUCGAGCCCCGUGCCGCCAGCCCCGGGCAAGACGCAGGACACAAAGAACCUCAAGCGAGUGUUCGAGGGCGUCAUCUCGGCCGACGGUCGGGAGUACACUCUGCGGGGCCGUGGCAACGGCCCCAUCUCGUCACUGGCCAACGCGCUGCGGUCCGUCGGAGUCGACCUCGACGUCAACGAGUACAAGGAGCACGCCGUUGGCAAGGGUCGCGACGUCAAGGCUGCGACGUACAUUGAGUGCACAGCUGCCGGCAGCAGCCAGAAGCUCUGGGGCGUAGGGCUUCACGAAGACGUGGUUCAGAGCUCGCUGAUUGCUCUGUUGAGUGCGGCCAGCAGUUUUGUUGCUAGCCGCCCGGGAAGCCCCGUCCUGGCCGUCGAAGGCGCCAAAGUCAACGGCAAUGGUGAACAAGUACCCAAGGAUCUGGUUCAGUCCCUGGAGGCAAAAGCGGAAUCCAUGUAA